AUGGGGCGCGGCAAGGUGGAGCUGAAGCGGAUCGAGAACAAGAUCAGCCGGCAGGUGACGUUCGCCAAGCGCCGGAACGGGUUGCUCAAGAAGGCGUACGAGCUGUCGGUGCUCUGCGACGCCGAGGUCGCCCUCAUCAUCUUCUCCAGCCGCGGCCGCCUCUUCGAGUUCUCCACCUCCUCAUGCAUGUACAAGACGCUGGAGCGGUACCGCACCUGCAAUUUUGCAUCCGAAGCAUCAGCUCCACUAGAGGCGGAAUUAAAUAAUUAUCAGGAGUACUUGAAGUUAAAGACAAGAGUUGAGUUCUUACAAACAACUCAGAGAAAUCUACUUGGUGAGGACUUGGGUCCACUUAACGUGAAGGAGCUAGAGCAACUUGAGAACCAGAUUGAGAUAUCUCUCAAGCAUAUCCGAUCAUCAAAGAACCAGCAGAUGCUCGACCAGCUCUUUGAUCUCAAGCGCAAGGAACAACAACUGCAAGAUGCUAACAAAGACUUACUAAGGAAGAUACAAGAAACUAGUGAAGAAAAUGUGGUGCGACUGACUAGCCAGGACAUUGGGUGUAGUGGAUCUAGUGGGCAUGGUGAUGAAGCCAACCAAGAACGCCUUCACCUUGCUCUUGAUCCUUCCCUGCAUAUAGGGUGA